AUGCCUAAUAUCGAAUCUAUUAUUAAUACAGCACCAGCAUUAAAUGCUAAGUUUUAUACCGAUGACAUUCAGCCCGUAAUUAUAACAGGCAAUGUGAAAAUAAACUUAAAAAAACAAACCACAAUUAAAAAAAUAACAAUAUCUUUAAAAGGAUUUUCAGCUACUAUCUCAAGAGAUGAGGUCCAAAGUUUAGAAAUGCAAAAAUACGCAAUGUCCACCAUCCCUGUAUUUUUUACAAACUAUUUAACCCCAUCAAUCUCUACAAUUGCCAUGUUGGUUGAUGAGAAUGACCAAGUUUUCCCCCCUAAAGAAGUUCGAUUAAAUUCAAAAAGCAGUAAAGGGUAUCAGUUACAAGCUGGUCAACAUACCUUCCCCUUCAAGUUUACUUUACCAAGCGAACCAAAGUAUAUGUCUACAUCUGCGAGGAACAGCAAGAUAGCCCCCAAUCUUUCCUAUAGCAAAUUAAUGAAAUAUUUAGAUUAUAAUGGUUACACCAAUAAACUACCCCCAUCUUUCAAUAUCUACAUAGGUGAAGAACAAGAGGGCUCUUUGCCUAUCCUAAAAAUGGAUUUUGAAGAAUGGUGGUAUCAAUUUGGUCAGAUAAAAUAUUAUGUUAAAGUUGAGGUUGAUGUUGGAUCAGGUGGUAAUUUUUUAAAAGCUAUUACCAAAAAAAAUCACUACAAUCACAAGCUAAUAGAGUUUUUGCCUAAUCAAAGAAGAAUGUAUUCCCCAGAAAGUAUUAAUAAUCAUAUUGACUCCACUAGCGACGAAUUCUACAAGGGCAGGCCAAGAUUUUUAUUCUAUUUGAGUGAUAUAUCUGAUAUUAUUUUCCACAAAAGCUUUACGCAAUUAUCAACAAGGGAUUUUUUUGAAGUUUGUAGAAUGGAUAACAUAUUUGAAAAAGGUAGAUUAGAUAACUUUGUUAUAUUUUUCCAAAAUUCGGUACCUUCAAAGGAAAUAAUCAUUGAUAACUUUUCUGUUGAUUUAUUGGAAAGAGUUAUUUAUCGUUCUGGUAAGAAUUCAGACGAAAACUAUUCUCUUUUGCACUUGUUCAAAUUGAAAAAUAUAGAAUAUGUUAUAAGUCCACAAGAUAUCACUUUAAUGAAACCUAUUAAAGGCAAUAAUAAUAAAUGUUGUGAGGAUGGAGAAAAGGGGCAACUUUUCUUUGAUAACGAUAACACCUUUUAUGGAUUUAAAAUACCCAUUUUGCAGUUGAAUAAAUGUUUGAAAGAUUACAAAUUUAACCAAGAUGACCAUAUACAUAAGGGCAAUAGACUAUACAGUUUUAAAUCAAGCCAUAUUGAACGUAGCUUUAAAUUUAGAGUGCAUUUGGAUUUUAUUUAUAAAAAUAAGACCUAUACACAUACAAUCAAUACAGAUGAGAUAGAAAUUAGAUGCGAAGAAGGUUUGCCAAUAUAUUUUGGGGAUCAGACGAUAAAUGAAAAUGUGGAUGGAGAGGGUUUGCCUCAAUAUAGAGCUUAA